AUGGCGUUCAUGGAAAUCCGCAGUAAGUCCAAACCUUUCUGCCUCCAGAGAAGGGUACAAGGAAAAGCACCUGGAAUUCUGAAAGUUCAAGCAGUGCAUCCACUUCCGGUUCGAGUACCAGCAGACCCACUUCCUUUGGGUUCCAAGGUUAGUUCCCAGACAUCUGCUGAUGUGUGCGCGAAGGAGGAGGAGGCACAGCUAUGCCAGUCUUUCUCCAACACCUUGCUCCAAGUGGAGGAUGUCGAUAAGCAAGAUGGUGACUUACCCCAGCUGUGUUCUGAGUUUGUUAAGGAUAUUUAUAGAUAUCUUCACAACCUGGAGGUGGAGCUGGCUGUACGUGCCAACUACAUGCAGGGUUAUGAAAUCACUGGGCGCAUGCGAGCGCUUCUUGUCGACUGGAUGGUCCAGGUUCAUUCCAGGUUCCAGCUGCUUCAAGAGACUUUGUAUCUCUCUGUUGCUGUCCUCGAUCGGUUUCUCCAGGUCCAGCCAGUUUCUCGCAGGAAGCUGCAGCUCGCCGGUGUGACUGCAAUGUUGGUUGCCUGCAAAUAUGAGGAGACAUAUCCUGUGGCAGUUAAUGACUUUGCACAUAUCACCGACAACGCGUUCACACGGACUCAGAUUUUGGAGAUGGAGCAACUUAUUCUGAGGAGCCUCAAAUUUCAGCUCGGACGUCCUCUUCCACUACAUUUCCUCAGGAGAGCUUCAAAAGUUGCUAAUUCAGACAUUGAAAGGCACACACUGGCCAAGUAUCUGAUGGAGUUGACACUCACGGACUACGAAAUGGUGCAUCAUCGACCUUCGGAAAUUGCUGCUGCAGCCCUGUGCCUCGCUCAGCUGCUCUUAAACAAUCUGCCUUGGUCAGCCACACAGGAACACUACUCUACAUACAGCGAGGCCCACCUGAAACCCAUAAUGUGGCAUAUGGCCAAAAAUGUUCAGAUGGUUAAUUGCGGAAAAACCAAGUUCCAGGCUGUCAGGAACAAGUUCUCAAGCAGCAAGUUGAUGAAGAUAAGCCUAAUUCCCCAGCUCAAGUCACCACUCAUCAGCAACAUGGCAACAGCUGCUCAAAACACUUGUUGA